AUGGGGGUGAAAAGAAGUGCAUCUUCAAAACCCCAUUCUCUCAGAUACUAUGAAGUCAUGUUUACAUCUCUCUUUGCCAUAUCCAUGGUGCUCAAUGCUGGAUUAAUUGCAGUAUCUUGGCUGGCAAUCAAGGGAUCUGAAAGAGAUGCAGUAUUUGGAAAAAGUCAUGAAAGCAGAGGGACAUUUAAAAUAACAUCUGGGGCUACCUAUAAUCCUAAUUUGCAAGACAUACACUCAGUGGAUUUCAAAGUUCUUGCUUUUGACCUCCAGCAAAUGAUAGAUGAGAUCUUUCAAUCAAGUAAUCUUAAGAAUGAAUAUAAAACCUCUAGAGUUUUACAAUUCAAGAAUGGCAGCAUUAUAGUCAUAUUUGACCUUUUCUUUGCCCAGUGGGUGUCAGAAGAAAAUGUUAAAGGAGAACUGAUUCAAGGCAUUGAAGCAAAUAAAUCCAGCCAUCUGGUCACUUUCCAUAUUGAUUUGAACAGCAUCGAUAUCUCAGCAUCUUUGGGGAAUUCCUCUACAGUCAGCCCUCCGACAACUUCAGACAAGCUAACAACACAGCAACCUUUUUUCUUAAAAGGAAUUGUCUCAAUAGAGUGCCCACCUGGUUCAAAUCCUUGUGCUGAUGCUCUGAAGUGUCUAACAAUUGAUUUGUUUUGUGAUGGAGAAUUAAACUGCCCAGAUGGUUCAGACGAAGACAGUAAAAUUUGUGCUACAGCUUGUGAUGGAAGAUUUUUGUUAACUGGAUCUUCUGGGUCCUUCCAGGCUGCCCAUUAUCCAAAGCCCUCUAAAGCAAGCGUUGUUUGUCAGUGGAUUAUACGUGUAAACGAAGGACUUUCCAUUAAACUGAACUUCAAUUAUUUUAAUUCAUAUUAUACAGAUGUUCUAAAUAUUUAUGAAGGAGUAGGACCGAGCAAAAUUUUGAGAGCUUCUCUCUGGGAAAGUAAUCCUGGUACAAUUAGAAUCUUUUCCAACCAAGUUACUGUUACGUUUCUUAUAGAAUCGGAUGAAAGUGAUUAUAUUGGCUUUAAUGCAACAUACACUGCAUUUAACAGCAAAGAACUUAAUAAUUAUGAGAAAAUCAACUGUAAUUUUGAGGAUGGUUUUUGUUUCUGGAUCCAAGAUCUAAAUGAUGAUAAUGACUGGGAAAUAAUUCAAGGACCCACCUUUCCUCUUCUUUCUGGACCAGAUUUUGACCAUACUUUUGGCAAUGCUUCAGGAUUUUACAUUUCUACCCCAAUUAUGCCAGGAUGGAGAAGAGAAAGAGUGGGUCUUCUAAGUCUCCCUUUAGACCCCACUUUGGAACCAGUAUGCCUUAGUUUCUGGUAUUGUAUGUAUGGUCAAAAUGUCUAUCAAUUAAGCAUUAAUAUCAGCAGUGACCAAAACAUGGAGAAGACAAUUUUCAAAAAGGAAGGAAAUUAUGGAAAGAAUUGGAAUUAUGGACAAGUAACAUUAAAUGAAACAGUGGAAUUUAAGGUUGCUUUUAAUGCUUUUACAAAUCAGUUACUGAGUGAUAUAGCAUUGGAUGACAUUAGCCUAACAUAUGGAAUUUGCAAUAUGAGUCUUUAUCCAGAACCAACUUUGGUCCCAACUCCUCCACCAGAACUUCCUACGGACUGUGGAGGACCUUUUGAUCUGUGGGAGCCAAAUACCACAUUCAGUUCUACGAACUUUCCAAACAAAUACCCUAACCAGGCUUUCUGUGUUUGGAAUUUAAAUGCACAAGAGGGAAAGAAUAUACAACUUCAUUUUCAAGAAUUUGACUUAGAAAAUAUUGCAGAUGUAGUUGAAAUCAGAGAUGGUAGAGGAGAUGAUUCCUUGCUCCUAGCUGUGUAUACAGGGUCUGGAUCUGUAAAGGACGUGUUCUCUAGCACUAACAGAAUGACUGUACUUUUCAUCACCGACAGCGAGGUGGCAAAAGGGGGUUUUAAAGCAAACUUCACUACUGGCUAUCACUUGGGGAUUCCAGAGCCCUGCAAGGAGGACAGUUUUCAGUGUGAAAACGGAGAAUGUGUUCCACUGGUUAACCUCUGUGACAGCCAUCCACAGUGUAGGGAUGGCUCAGAUGAAGCACGCUGUGUGAGUCUUUUCAAUGGCACAAUGCAGAACAAUGGCUUGGUGCAGUUCAGGAUUCAGAGCAUAUGGCAUGUAGCUUGUGCUGAGAACUGGACCACCCAGAUUUCAGAUAAUGUUUGUCAGCUGCUGGGAUUAGGAAGUAUGAACUCAUCAAUGCCAAUCUUCUCAACUGAAGGUGGACCAUUUGUAAAAGUAAACAUGAUGCCUAAUGGUAGCUUAAUACUAACACCGAGUAAAGAGUGUUUUCAGGAUUCCCUGAUUCAGUUACAAUGUAACCACAAAUCAUGUGGGGAAAAGCUGGUGGCUCAAGUCCGCCCGAAGAUAGUUGGAGGACAUGAUGCGGAAGAGGGGUCCUGGCCCUGGCUUGCUGCUCUGUAUUAUAAUGGCCAGCUGCUCUGUGGCGCCUCUCUCGUCAGCAGCAGCUGGCUGGUGUCCGCGGCGCACUGUAUGUAUGGGAGAAAUUUAGAGCCAUCUAAGUGGAAAGCGAUCCUAGGCCUGCAUAUGACAUCAAAUCUGACUUCUCCUCAAAUAGCAGCUCGGCUGAUAGAUCAAAUUGUCAUAAACCCACAUUACAAUAAACGGAGAAAGGACAGUGACAUCGCCAUGCUGCACCUUCAAUUUAAAGUGAACUACACAGAUUAUAUACAACCUAUUUGUUUACCAGAAAAAAAUCAGGUUUUCCCUCCAGGAAGUAUUUGUUCUAUUGCUGGCUGGGGAAAGGUGGUCUAUCAAGGUCCUACUGCAGACAUAUUGCAAGAAGCUGAUGUUCCUCUCCUGUCAAAUAAGAAAUGCCAACAACAGAUGCCAGAGUAUAACAUUACAGAAAAUAUGGUAUGUGCAGGCUAUGAAGAAGGAGGAAUAGAUUCUUGUCAGGGAGAUUCAGGAGGACCAUUGAUAUGCCAAGAAAACAACAGGUGGUUCCUGGCUGGAGUAACGUCAUUUGGAUACCAGUGUGCAAGGCCUAAUCGCCCUGGGGUGUACGCCUGGGUCCCAGGGUUCACAGAAUGGAUACAAAGUUUUCUACAUUAGAGUGUUUCCAAAC